UCCCGCAGCCCGUCUUCUUCUCCCCCCUAGCUCUGUAGCUCCCUGCCCCCCCACUCCCCGGCCUCGGAGAAAGGAAAGCCGCACUGGCACCGGCUCCUCCUCCCCUGCUCCUCCUUCCCAUCCCGCUGCCGACCCAGUCUUACAUGGCAUUGCUGUAUACAAUAACUACUAUGAUCCUAACUGGACAGACGAUAUACUAUAGCCACAUCUACCACCAUCUUAAAGCGAAGAAAUCCAGGGCAACCAGCAAGCCUCAGAAGCAUCAGCGAGGGGACACUUCAUUACGUGAGAAGCUUUUGGGUGCCAAGGACGGUGGGGCAUCCAGAAACAACCACCAGUCAGAUGCUACAAUUCCUAUUCCAAGCUCACCUAUUCCUGUUAAUACAAAAUUUUCCGAACAAUACCAUACUCCAAGCAGCCCCACCUCAGACUACUACUAUACGUCAGCUAGAUCUUUAUCAAGGAGUCCAGUGCCAACUGCUGGUACAUGGUUGGGCAAUACUCGUCAGUCAUCAAGGACGCCUCCACAAACAAAUGGCCACAGGGAACCUUUAAUUGGUGAGAUUGCUACAGCACAAUCUGCAUCACCUACUAGAACGAAAAAUGCCCUCUCAGUGGUACCAUGGCUGGGUCUUCUGUUCAGCAUGUGUCUCUUGCACCUUUUAGUUGGAAACACACAUAGGGAAGUGCCAAGUGGAACUGUCAUACCAGUGGGAAGAAGGCUUUUACUGUUUAAGGAUGAUCAAGGACAUUCAUCUCUCAGUCAUGGCAGUGGAAGUGAAAUUGGAAGCUUUCUUGGUUGGGCAAUGGCGAUAAUCUAUAUGGGUGGACGACUGCCCCAGAUUUUCUUAAAUAUGCAAAGAGGCCAUGCUGAGGGGCUCAAUCCAUUAAUGUUUACCUUUGCUUUAUUGGGGAAUUCGACAUACGUAGGAAGUAUACUUGUAAACAGCCUGGAAUGGUCAAAACUUAGACCAAAUCUGCCUUGGCUUGUAGAUGCUGGAGGAUGUGUUUUACUCGAUUCUUUUAUUAUUCUUCAGUUCCUUUAUUUUCAUUACCGGAAGCAAAAUGAGCCUUCAGAUGAGCACAACAAUGCAGAUAAAGCUUAGUCGACAGCAAGAGAGAAAUCUCUUUUCUUCUUCAGGGCAAAAGUUUCAUGCCUGAAGCUGAAGGUACACCCCAUACUUCAGCAGCCCCGCAUUUCUAGCGCAAGAGCUUGCUGCAUUUUCUGGGGCAUUGUUUCAGAAGUUUGGUGCCUGCAGGGUGACUCAGAGCGAGCAUCACGUGGAGACGCUUCAGGCAGUUUUUCUGUUCUGUAGUAUAUCAGAAUGUCUCGUUGUACGUAGUGGUACAUCCAAUGUCGACUGGCUUUCUCUCAUUUUCUGUUCUUUUUGUAGCUUCUUUUCGCUUAACAGUCUGUAUAUUCGAGAUGGCAUCAUCGGAUAACAAUGUGUUGGUUCUUACUACGAUUUUUUCUUUUAUCAUACUGCUUAUCUCC